AUGUUCGAGAUCGAGCGCAGACAGUGCUUGGAGGAUCUUCACUGGGAGCCUGAAGACGGUGGUCUCUACUUCGUCGAAACUCCAGGGUUUACCCCUGAGAGUGAGGCGACUACCACUAUCCCCAAGAUUCGACAUGGCUUGAUCGAAGAAUGCGAUAUUGACAACUGGUUGAGAGAGACAACACCGUCUUCAACAACAACAACCAAUAAGCACGGGGGCACCCUCCGGAUCUUGUGCAUCUCAAAGCCCAAAAGGCACCACUCAGCUCAGCUCAGCAUCACCAAAGAGACAUUCUUGAAAGUUGAAGACGCCUUCCACUUGUCAAAGGGGUCUGUCUGUUCGCUUUUCAACUCUUCAGGCGUGUUCGCUAAGUUUACUGAGUACGACCCUACUUCCAGGACGCCAACAUGCCUGCGGUUGGUGGUGAAGUCCAAACAGAAAGUGGGUGUCGGCAACUGGUUGGCCAGUGUAUGCCACGACUAUACAACUGGCCGUACAGAUGCUGUAAUAUGCAGUGAGGGCAUGCUGACUCCCAUCCCGGACGACCACAACGCAACGCAUACAACGCAAGCGGCCAAAUUUGUUGAGAACUUGGAGCAGUAUCCUCACUUGUGGCGUAACCCGCUGCUCAUACCAACCUUGAUGAUCAGGUUGUUCUGCGAGAAGAUUCAGGUCAAUCGAAUAAAGGUGGCCGACAAGCUCGUGGACCUUGAGAACGAGAUGGGUGUGACUUUCGCGGGCCGGUCCAAGGCCAAACGAUCCAUGGACAACUGGCCAGAGAAUCUAGAUAUCAAAGCGGUAACUAUUGGCCUCAAUUCGACGGGAGCAUCCAUCCUGUAUCUAAGCCAGACGUGUAUAUGGGCGCUGGACUCCAUCAAUUUUCUCAUCAAGAUGGCCAAUGAAGUUGGCUUGCACCACUCUGACCUGUGGCUUACAUGCACGGAGCUCAAGGAAGUCUUGGAGUACGAGUCGAGCGCCAUGGAGGGAAUAUCACUUACAAUGAAGACCAAGAGAGAGCGAAUCCAGGCACAACUCAACACGCUUUACUCUGCAGCUAGCCAGAAGGAAAAUGCCAUUGCGCUGCAGUACAGCAGGAUGGCUCAGGAGCAGAAUGAGCUUGCGCAGAGGGAUGUGCAGCUUAACACCCGCAUCGCCACAUCGACCAAGAAGGAUUCAGUCGCCAUGACGAUCUUUACCUUUAUCACCGCUUCUUUUCUGCCCGGGACAUACAUCGCGUCGCUAUUCAGCAUGAGUAUGUUCGACUGGCUGCACGACGACGAUGAGGGAACGGUAUCACCGCUGCUUUGGGUGUACUGGUUGGUGACCAUUCCUCUGACGGCGAUUGUACUCGCUGGCUGGUGGCUCUGGUAUAAAAGGGCGGAUCGAGAAUGGCAGAAGGAGACGGGCUGUCAUCUUGACGGUACCGCGGAUGAGCAGUCGUCAAUUGGCAGCGAGAAGCUACGAACGAUGAGCUGA